AUGCUUUCUUUACCAAUUGAAGUUCAACUUCGUAUAUUAAAAUAUCUUAAUUUCAACGAAUUAUUAGUUGUUAAACAAACAAAUUCUUAUUUUUACAAUUUAAUUAGUAAAUAUGAGGGGGAAUUGGCACGAAGGAAAUUUGAUGGCCUCUCAAUAUGGCAAGCUGCUAUAGACAAAUCAAUUCCAUUGUUUUUACAUAAUUUUGAAUCUGAAGUUUUCCUUAUUAUCAUUGAAAACGCAUUCGAUAAUUCAAAAGACAGAAAACCACCUUAUCUCCUAAAAUUGCCAAACAUUCCAAAAAAUACUGAGGAAAUGAUUAUUGUUAGAUGUUGGUUAGAAAAACUUUUUAAAUGUGCUUUUGGACAUUGCUAUCUCAAUAAAAUUGUAUUUAAUCCAGAAAUGAUUAAUAUAUUAUUUGAUAAUGACAAGACAACUCAAUUUCACGUCGAAAUACCCCUUCUAGCUCCUACCAAUAAAAUAUUUGGAAAUGUACUGGACUUGAUUUUUAACCAUAUAAUAAGUUUCAAAUCUCUUUCAAUUGGUCUUACAGAUGUUGACAAUGCAGAGCAAUAUACAGAUAUUUUAUUUAAAAUUUUAAUAAAUGAAGGAGAUAAAAUUCCACAAAUUAGUCUAACUCCUUUCAAGUCAACAAAACUUUAUGAGCUUAUUAUAGAAUAUAUAACAACAACGAGAGAAUGCUCAAAAAUGGUUGCUUCUAUUGGUUUAAAUUUUAAUCCAAUCGAAAAUUUUAAAUUAAACGAGAAAGCAGAAAAUAUUGAAAUUGGUGAAUUACAUGGUUUUAAGCAAAAAUAUACUAGAUACGAAAUUGCCAAUAUUUACAAUCCAGAUGUGAGAUUUACAUUUUAUAAUGAAGAAAAGAAUGGAUCAAUUUCUUACAUCCAUAUCUUAAAAUGA